AUGCUGUCCGCCUUUACCGCUCGGCCAAUUGUCGAGCUCAAGCAGCGCGACAAGUCCAAGAUUGAGUCGGUGCUGGCAUAUGGUGACAGACUCCUCGUCGGCCUCAACACCGGCACCCUCCGCAUCUACCGCGUGAACGAGACCAUCACCGAACCCUCCCAAAAUGGCACCACCUCCAACGGCAACCCAACUCCGCAACCCAAACCCCGCGCCGUCGACCUCCUCCGCGAGGAAGAGAAGUUCUCCCGCCGUCCAAUCCAGCAGCUCGCCCGCAUAAAAGAAGCCAACAUCCUCGUCUCGCUCUCCGACUCCUACGUCUCAAUCCACGACCAAGAAACCUACGCGCUGGCCGAGCGCCUCGAGCGCACCCGAGGUGCGACAUGCUUCGCUGUCACCAGCGACGUGGUCACGGACGCCGAGACGGGGAUCCAGAGUCUCGUGAGCCGGCUGGCCGUCGCGGUCAAGCGGAAGAUCAUCCAGUGGAGCUGGACGGACAUGGAGCUGGGCACUGAGGUCAAGGAGGUCAGUCUUAUGGCGACUGUGAAGAGCUUGACGUGGGCGACGGGGACGAAGAUUGUGGCGGGUAUGGAUCCGGGAUACGUGCUUGUGGAUAUUGAGACCCAGAAGAUUACCGACGUCAAUAAGCCUGUUUCUGCGGGUGAGGCUGCGGCGGGGCAGACAGGGACGAGGUUCGGCGCGGUCAAUAGCUCGGGAAUGGGGUAUAUGGGCAUGGGCAGCUGGGUGCCGAAGCCGAUGGCUACGAGAUUAUCGGAGGGCCAGAUGCUGUUGGCGAAAGAUGUUAACACGCUGUUCAUCGAUACGGAUGGGAAUCCGUUGGAUAAGAAACAGGUGCCGUGGAUUGCAGCUCCGGAGGCUGUGGGGUAUUCAUAUCCGUAUCUGCUGGCGUUGUCACCACCGUCCCGAGGGGCGCUGGAGGUGCGAAACCCGGAUACGCUUUCUCUGCUGCAGGCGAUAUCGUUGCCAAACGCGACGCUCCUGCAUGUGCCGCAACCGUACAUCAGUCUUGCGCAUGCUGGGAAGGGCUUUUUAGUGGCAAGCGAUAGGUGCAUCUGGCGGAUGGGUGCUCUGGAAUACGAGGCUCAGAUUGAUGCGCUUGUAUCCAGCAAGCGUUACGAUGAGGCUAUCAGUCUGCUUAAUAUGCUUGAGGAUACGCUACUGAAGGACAAGGUGGGCCGGCUGCGCGAGACUAAGAUGCGAAAGGCGCACGGUUUGUUUGAGCAGCGCAAGUAUCGGGAGGCAAUAGACCUCUUCUCAGAGGCGGAGGCCCCCCCGCAGAGGGUCAUUUCUCUGUAUCCAAGGGUGGUCGCCGGCGAUCUGUCGACUAUUGAAGAGAAGGAGGAUGAAAUCGACGGCGAUAACGAAGAGCCCGCAGGCGGCUCCAGCGUAGCGGAUAGCAAACCUUCGGCGAGUACGCCUAAUCGAUUGCUAUUUGGCAGGCUCAAGGGAGAUCUCAGGCGGGUGGACUCCGAUAUGGCGUCCGUCCGGUCUCUCAGAUUCGACGACGCUGCCAGCCUGUUCGCUGACGGAUUUGCAGAAGGUAGAGAUUUGCUGGUAGCAGUGAACGAGCUGCGGGUCUUCCUUGUGCAAGCACAUGCCCGCCUGCUGAAACUUAUCAACACGGACGGCACUCUCAAAGAGCCUUUGCCACCACCGGAUGAGAGCGGUCAUGAUCUGAAGCCUCCUUUCCACCAUCUAAUCAUCCUACCAGAAAACGCCGAAGACAUUGACUGGCAGAAGAAGCUGUUCGAAGUCGCAGUCAUGGUCGACACAACACUCUUCCGCGCGUACAUGCUAGCUAGCCCAAGCCUAGCAGGUUCUCUUUUCCGGCUUGACAACUUCUGCGACCCUCACGUCGUCGAGGAGAAGCUGUACGAGAGCGGUAGAUAUAACGAGCUCAUCGACUUCCUGCACGGUAAGAAACUGCAUCGGGAGGCGCUGGAGCUGCUCGAGAAGUUUGGCAAGAACGAAGCGAGAGAGGAGGUCAGCCCCGUUCUUCGUGGUCCACAAAGGACAGUCGCAUACCUGCAACAGCUACCGCCAGAGAUGAUCGACCUCAUCUUGGAGUUUGCCGAGUGGCCGCUGCGGACGGAUCCGAAGCUAGGAAUGGAAGUCUUCCUUGCAGACACGGAGAACGCAGAGACUCUGCCGCGGGACAAGGUGCUUCAUUUCCUGGAACAAAUCGAUCCGAAGCUUGCGGUCAGAUACUUGGAGCAUAUCAUCAACGAGCUGAAUGAUCAGAAGUCGGAAUACCACCAGCGUCUGAUAGACAUGUAUCUGGAGAGGCUCAGGGACGAAAACGGGGGAGCCUUCGAAAGCGAUGACGAGAGGAAGCAGUGGCUGGAGCGGUUGAAUAACUUCCUUGAGAGCAGCGCGCAGUACAACCGGGCGAGAGCUUUCAGGCAGCUGCCGAGCGACGAUCCCUCCUUCUACGAAUCCCGCGCCAUCGUCCUCUCCAACAUGGGCCAGCACAAACAAGCGCUCCAGAUCUACGUCUUCCAAAUGGCCGCCUACGACAAAGCCGAAGACUACUGCAACCAGGUCUACCUGUCCUCCGAGGGCAGCAGCGGCGGCGCCCAGAAGCCUUACUCCGCGGACGCGGAGAACGCAGAACAGCACACCAUCUAUCACACCCUCCUCUCGCUCUACCUGUCCCCUCCACCCCCGCACAAGCCUAAUUGGCCGCCUGCGCUCGACCUGCUGAGCCGGCAUGGUGCAAGGCUACCGGCGAGCAGCACCCUUGAUCUUAUUCCGCCGUCUUUGCCGGUGAAGGAAUUAGAGUCGUAUUUCAGGGGCCGUAUACGUAGCGCAAAUAGCGUGAUGAAUCAGGAGCGCAUCGUCAAGGGGCUGGCGGGCGUGGAAAAGGUGAAUGUGGAUGCGGCGCUGUUGCUAGGGGAGGGCGAGGGCAGGAUGGGGCUGGGGAGGAAGGGGGGAAGAAAUAGGAGGGUCGUGGUUGGCGAGGACAGACAUUGCGCGGUUUGUCAUAAGCGGUUUGGCGCGUCUGCUAUUAGGGUCUAUCCGGACAAUGAGGUUGUGCAUUAUGGGUGUUUUGGACGGGCUGGGCAGGCGAAGGGCGGGUCGGGGUGGAGAUGA